UAGUUUACGACUCUCGGUAAACAUGGCAGCACUUACUAUCUUUUCAAAUGCAAUUAGAUUAGCUGCUAAUAAUUGUUUAAACAAAUUAACAACUACUGCAAUAUGCAGAACAACAAAUUCAGCAUUAAGUCUAUGGGAACCUGGAAGAGUUACAUAUGUUACAACACGUUUAGGAUGGAUGCCUCCUAUACCAAAACAUCAAGUUGAAAUACCAGAAUUUGACAAAGAAAAAGAAAAGUUAAUGAAGGAUGUAACAAAGGAAAUUAACAAACAAAUAGCAACGAACAAAGUAGGUAGAUUAUUUGCAGUUGUUCACAUAUGUGGUAAACAAUUUAAAAUAACUGAAAAUGACAUCAUAAUUGUACAAGGACAUUGGCCACCUUCGAUAGGUGAUAGAAUAAAACUUGAAAAAGUUUUGUUAGUUGGAAGCACAGAUUUCACUCUUAUAGGAAGGCCCAUAUUAAAUCGAGAUUUGGUAUCAAUCAAUGCUACUGUCAUUGAAAAAACAUUAUCAAGUACAAAGUAUCAUUUUAGGAUGAAGAAAAGGAAACAAUACCGUAGAUUACACUUUUAUCGUACGCCACAUACAAUGGUGAGAAUAAACACGAUAGACAUAAACGGGGAUAUUGAUAAGAGGAAAGAGGUGGAAGAGAUAGAUAGAGUAUAUUAAAAAAAAUUCAAAUCAAUUGUAUACAAAAACAAAAAUAUAUAUAUAUAUUUAAUAGUUAAGAAUAGUACACGAAUGAAGAAUAAGUUUGACGAUUGAUAAAACAAGUAUAUAAAACAUCCUCCUCUAUCAUUAUACCUACAAUUCAAUCAUGUCUUCCUAAUUUUGUAUCCACCAUCAUUAAUAGAAGUAUAUCCUAGUAAAGCAUCGAUUAGAAAAUGUUUAAAAAUAACAUUUAUAAAAUUUGAUAGAUAAUUGUUAUUAAUUAAUAAGAAGAAUUAAUAGAAGAAAGUCAUUAGAAAGGUGAUAUAAAAAUAAACAUUUGGAAAUGAUAAAUAAAAUAUUGUUGAAAAAAA